UAUAGAGGUUCUGUUCCGGAUUACUCCACAAGCGGAGUGUGCUCUUGACAAAUGAUUACAACCAGGUUUAGAGACCAAUACCUAUUUUCAUCUAGGUUUGAGACUUCCCGUAACGGUUCGGACGUACUUUCACUCUCAUAGGGUCAACACACACAAAGUCAUAAACCCAGGAGUCUUGUCUAGGCCCAACGAUGCCCCCGGACGAGAAGAUGGGAGAUGUUCAAUAUUCUUCCACAUUAUUGGGUGAAAGACGCCCCAUACUACGUGACGAUCAAGUAGAAAAGGUCAUUCAGCUCAGCAAGAACUCUCAUCUAUGCUGGGAACAUGCCCUAGAGCAGGCUGAGGGCAUGGCAGACCAUAAGGCGUGGAGUGGACUCUUUUGUGGCAUUCUGUCCCGUCUUUCAAUGUGCCUGGCAAAGGCGGAUGUGAAAGUCAUUCCAGAAACCAAGCUGGCGUCGAUCGUGGAAAGUCUCGGCGAUGUUGAGCGCACAGAAUGUAAGGAUCUGAUCGCAGACGCUCUCAGACAGAGGAAAUGGGAUCCCUUGAUCAGAUAUGCGUAUGUGAAACUACGACUCGCAGAACCCAAUGGGAGAUUCCUUCAUUACUAUUACAAUGAGCUCGAGGUCGAAAAAGAUCUUGCUGCCGCAUACCGUGUACGAUUUAUUGGCAGUGCGCCUCUCUCUUUCAUCAGGCAUCUUGACCGAAUCGACCGGGAGGAGAGCAACCUCAACGAACUACGUUAUGCUAAAUCCAUCUCCAUUGUCCAAAGUUCUGGGACUGGGAAAUCACGAAUGCUGACGGAGGUUGGUUCACGAAUCUUUACACUCCCUAUAUGUCUUCGUCCACCGGGCAGUUUAGGUUACCCGUUAGCGGACAGGCCCGUGUAUAACUAUUUUGAUGAGCUCAAGACUCAUAAUUACUCGAGCAUCGGCGCAGUUUCGGGUAUCGCUGGUUUCUUUGCAGCUGCACAUGAGACCAUGUUAGCCUCGCUCGAAGGUAUUCUUGGUGAGGGGAAUUGCACAAGGAAAGAGGUCCUUGGCCGUUGGCACCAGGGAAUGGAGGGCAAGGGUAUAAGAAGUUUUCGGGUGAAGUUCUUCGAAAGAGUGAUAGAACGAGCCAAAGAACUACAGAAAAAGUACGGUGUAGAACCAAGGAAGUAUCCCAAGCUCGAUGAAUCUAAAGGUGAAAAGGGUGGCCCGAUCGCGCUGGCCAGGAUCUAUUACGAGAAGGAUGCGAAGAAGGCUGUUGAGAACCUUAUCCGCUUUAUCCAAACUCUUACAAGCGAUCCUGACCCGCUAUGCAUCACAUACUUUGACGAAGCUCACGAGUUGGGGAUGUGGCUCUGGUUUAUGUUAGGUUUAUUGCAAAACCAAAGCGAUUCUGUGAGAAUGUGGUAUGUGUUUAUGGGGACGAAAUUAACGUCUCUUGCACCUCGUCCUCAAGACGUGUUUCCCACAAGAAUCAGAGAGAAACGACGACGACUAGAGCCCCCCUACUUUGCUCUUGGUUUCGAUCAGCACGCGAGCGAGCAGGCCGAAAAUUCCACUCCCGUCAAGAUGGGUCAUUUCGAAACACUGGAGCAUAUCAGCCAAUAUGGGCGGCCUAUGUGGCGCGCAAUGCUGCCCAGGUCAGGCUCGGACGAACUAAUCAACAUUGCAGCUUACAAGCUCACCACUGCUGACGUUGGAGGAUUUGAUGCCACGAAUAAGAACCAUGUAUUUGCCGUGCUUUCACAGCGGCUUUGUCUCGAUAUUGUUCUGAUGAGUACUGGGGCCGCCGAGUUGGCCGAGCGGAGUGUCUCCCAUCAUAUGAGACUUCUCACAGGCCUCUCGGCCGGCAACGCCAUUCUUUACACUCAUUCCCCAUCGGAACCAAUUUUAGCUUUGGGCGCUGCACGGUUAUUGUACCAUCCUCAUGCGCCCAAGGAACGGUUAUCCUCUGUCUUGGAGACUUUGAGCACGGAUUUGUGCCUUGCGGGUUUGGUCGAAAAGGGAUCGAUGGGUGAACUUGCUGCUCGCUUCCUUCUCCUCACCGCACGCGACUUUACGGCCCCAAUCGACAAGAAAAGACACCGCAAUCUGCUGAAACCUGUUCGCCUGUUAGAUGUCCUCCAAAUCCUUUUCGGCAAUAACGACUGGUGUGAUCAGAGCCUCAAAACGGCUUUCCGUGAUGCGUUUGUCAAUUUUACACAUUGGACUGCCACAAAGAACGUCUUACCUGAAACGCCUUCUCGGAAAUUACUUUCUAACCUCUGGGCUCGGGGUGCCAUAUUGCAAUGCUGCAUCAAUCAAACCUCGAUCGAUUUCUUAUGCCCAGUUUAUUUUGGCUCUGUGGAACCCGGAGCUAUUUUCGAUUGCGACCAGCUGUCGGGACUCGUCGUUCAAGUCAAGAACAAGACAAAAGAAGGGGAUACUGAUGCCCGAAAUGGCAAUCUGCGACCUGUCGGAAUCAUCCGUGAUCCUAAAAACCCACUUCCUUAUCUCGCCCUGCUGAUGGAGCUUGGUACCGAGUCCCGGCACCGAGGAGGCGGGUUAAUCAAGCACUCCCCUCCACAGCAUUCUCAGCCCUCCCAAUACAAACGGUUGACGGAAGAGUACCAGCGUGCUUUGGAUGGCCUAUCCCGGCAUAGAGAACAAGAUUCCAAGAAUACAAAACAUUCGAAGGAGUUGGAGGCAGACGUUCAAGCCAAAGAGCUCAAAAAGGACUUUUAUAAACGCCACUUGAUCUCCGCCCGAGGCGCGGGGUCUAAGACCUACGGCAUACUCGAAACAGCAGGAAUUCAGAAAGAAUUUAAGGACUUUGUCAGCAUUGUCGUACCUCAGGAAUCGUUCUAUGAAGAUGAAAUCGCUCAAAUGUGGCCGGAUCCCGUUGGGGAUGAUGAUGAUUCACAGGCCCGCUGGUUGGCCGAUUAUGUGCUAGACAAUGAAGGAUGAUGAUUUCCUGUCCCAGAGUAUCGCUGUACGAUCAAUUGUCGUAGCAGGGCAUAAUGAUAAUUG